ACGGCAACCAAAGGAGUCCCUCUGACAGACCAGUGACACAUCCAGCUAAGACAGGCUCCCCGCAGCAGCUUUAACCUGAAGCCAAUUUAAAGAUGCCUACCACCAACAGGAUCAUCUCUGAACCCCGGAAGGCAGAUAAAAUAAAAAAAUCCAAAACUGGGAAGCCACCUGCAGAGAAAAUCCCAGUCUACGAGCCGAAUAUCCCAGAACCCAAACGCAGAGCUGACCUCAUCAAAUUUUGGAUCAAUUUGUCCAUGGAUGACAGGACUGCCAAUAAGGCCCUGUGGAUCACAGAGGGUGGUGCCAAAGUAGCUCGUAUGACUGAUAGUGUCACAUGUCCAGUCCUGGACAGACCAGAGAGAUAUGAAUAUGCUCCACAGGUUCUAUGCAAAGAAGGCAUAAUGGGUUUCCGAGGCUACUGGGAGGUGGACUUUUCCGGAUGGGUUGUGGUCGGAGUUGCGUACGAGGGAGCAGGAAGGAGGAACAUUGACGGACCCUGUGGCUUUGGAGAGAAUGAGGAGUCUUGGGGUCUGGAAUGGAGUGGGUCCAGCUAUCAUGUCUGGCACAAAGGACAAAACACUGCGAUCACAGAUAUUCCUAAAUUCUCCACUAUAGGCGUAUAUCUUGAUCAGCCUGCUGGCAUACUUAAAUUCUAUGCCGUGGAGGAGGUGAAAGGGGGAGAGGAGAGCACAGGGGCUAGAGAAGUUAAACUUUUGCAGCAGAUCAGGAGCACUUUUAAGGAGAAAAUGGUUCCAGACUGGAUACAUUUAUCUUUGGAUGAGAAGACCGCCAAUAAGAUGUUGUGGAUUUCUGACAGUGGUUCUAAGGUGUGUCGUAAAAAUAGGGAGAUUAGUCCUGUCUUGGAUAGACCAGAGAGAUAUGAAUGCUCUCCACAGGUGGUGUGCAAAGAGCAGAUCUGGAACAGCAGGGCGUACUGGGAGGUGACGCACACGGGAUGGGUGGUAAUUGGAGCCACCUAUGAAGACGCAGGACGGAGGGCAGAGUCUGGGCAAUGUGGCCUGGGAGAAAAUGAGGAGUCAUGGGGUCUGUGCUGGUCAGGAAUGCGUUAUGAAGUCUGGUUCACUGGUGUGCACAAAGACAUCAGCAAUAUCCCUUUUUUUUCAACCAUCGGUGUCUAUAUAGACCAGCCUGCUGGAAUAAUAAGCUAUUAUGCUGUAACUUGUGAGGGGACCCAGAGGGAG